AUGGUUCAACAUUUUCUCUUCAUCAACUUUUCAAAGGGUUUGUGCUGUAAGAAUUUAGGUCGUUCCAUUGAUCCCAACUCGUAUCAAGGCAUGCACAUGAGUGAUGUCAUGGAGCUCAUAGAAGAUGGUGGAGAUUGGCGAGGGGAUCGUCUCGCUAUUAUCGGGGAGUAUGCCGACGAUGAUAUUGCCAACAAGUUGGUGAUACCCGGUCUCGUGCAUAGUUUCAAAUCGGGUAAGAGAAGACAAUUACAACAACAACAGACAAACCAGACAAAUCAAACAAGCACCACCCCAAAUACUGCAAGCAACAAACCAUCCAUUUCCUCCUCUCUCCAAAUUUCGGAACAAUCCCUCGAAGAAGAGGCCAAACAAUUUGAAGCCGAGCUGAAGAAAUUACUCAAGGAAGAUGGAUCGCCGUUUGAGUUUCUCACAAAGCGAAUGAAGGGAAUUAAGAUUCAUUCUCCUGCCAUCUAUUUUGAUGAGGGUAAAUAUAUUGUCAAUCAUACCAAGAAACAAUACAUUUCAAAGGCAAAGUUUAGAGCUCCCUUGUCUGCUGCUCUCAAUGCCAUGAUUUCUUGCAUACAGGAUAAGGUUGGGAAAUGGUCAGGAGAUUCCAUCAGUGUUGUGACUGAUAUUGAACCUUACAGGCUGUAUGGAGAUGUUACUGAUCUAGCUGAGAGGACAUAUAUACAAUUAUCAAAGGAAAAUCACAAUAAUGCAGAAGACCAUGACUUUUAG